AAUUCAACGAACGUUGGGAGGACGGGCGUCACGCAUCGGGAAGUUUGUGAGUCCUAGGAAAACGGCCCCGACGUCGACCAUGCUCUUUUGGACAUCGAAGUCAAACCUUCGGGUCAUUCGUACUGUGCCAAAGACUACCCGUUCGGAGUUGUGGUGAUUAUAUGAUUCUGUCCCUGACAUUUUCGCGGUUCGAAGUGCCCUCCGUCGCGGUUAAGGUCGUCCGAAGUCAAAAGUACCCCAAAAGGUGACGUCAUGAGGGUAUGCAGCAGACGUCACAUUGCAAUCGCAUUGGCGGUCUUGAUCGUGAUUGGCGUCGUCAGAGUGUUGCUGAUGACCGACGCUGACGCCUCCCGAAGGCCCGUUUUCGUCGUGACGCCUCGAGUGGUGAAUGCGCCCCACAAGCAGACUGCAGGGAAGGAUCUGCAGACGCAACAGGGCAUUGAAACGCCCCACGAGAAAGUGUGGCACUUGGACCUCAAAGGGGGAGCUCCCAAAGUGUCUAUUAUUGAAGAUAUCAUGGGCAUAGCCAGUCAGGCUGGCGCCACCGCUGUCCUCAUCGAAUGGGAAGACAUGUUUCCUUUCACGGGGGCCUUGGCCAACCUGUCUGCGCACAACGCCUAUUCCCCGACGGAGGUUGUUCGUAUAAUGGAGCGGCAGAAAGGAAGGGCUUGGCUGUGAUUCCAUCUGAUGCAGAGUCUCGGGCAUCUCGAAUUCGCUCUGAAGCUUCCUCAGUGGGCGUCUCUGAGAGAGGGAGACAGUCCUGCAGAUGCUUGCCCUUCACAGCCGGGCACUGCCCGCCUGGUCACCGCUGCUAUCGACCAAAUCAUGUCGGUGGCACCCACCAAGUUAAUCCACAUCGGGGCAGACGAAGUGUUCACUCUAGGGACCUGCAAAGUCUGCCGCGGGCGAAAUACAGCUCCUCUGCAGCUCUAUGUGGAGCACGUGAGUAAAAUAGCCCGUCACGUGAAGUCUCAGUGGGGCGCCCGAGUGUUGAUUUGGGAUGACAUGCUGAGGCACGCCCCUACGACUCUCUUGCACACCCUGGCAGGUUUGGUCGAACCCACCGUUUGGGCUUAUGGCCCCGAUGUGACCAGAAUGGUGCCGCCUUAUAUACUUCGCACCUACGCCGCCGUUUUCCCAAACGUGUGGGUGGCCCCAGCGUUCAAGGGAGCUACUGGCCCUCGGGCCCUCAUGCCCGAUGCUGCCAGACACGCGGCCAAUACCCUGGCGUGGAUCGAAGUCGGACGUCGGAUGAAAUCCUACUCGGGGUUGUCAGUCGCUGGAAUCAUCAUAACAGGAUGGUCACGGUAUGACCAUUUCGCCGUCCUCUGCGAAUUGCUUCCUCCCUCGACUCCGUCUCUCGUCCUGUCUUUGCUGACAGCUUCGAGGGGUUACCUCACGCCCGCCACGUUGCACGACGUCCACGCCCUUCUGGACUGCCCCUCUCACGUCGUCAUCGAUCCAGCUCGUGACCCUCACCUCUGGGCGUCCAGAAACUGCGCCUUCCCGGGGGCCAACGUCGCGUCCCUUUUGCAUUCCUAUAUAAGUCUGAGGGACGACAUCCGACGCAUGAUGAAGGAGGCGGAGGAGACGGGAGGCUGGCUGACGAAGUACAACAUCGACCACAACUUCUCCCCUCCGAAGAGGAUACGGGAAGCCACAGUGGAUCUUCGGAGGCUCACCUUCGGCCUGUCUGACCUGCGAGAGGAAGCCCUGGGAGUGCUUUCCCAGUACCACGACACGGCAACCGUAUCCGAAUGGAUCGAACAGCAUCUUGUCCCGCUCAACUUGACACUUACUAACCUCGCUCAGACGACGGAGAGGUUGCUGAGCGUCAGCACUUGGCCGAGGAGGCCCUUGGACUGGCUGCCUUCUGGAGGAGCGUGAGGCCCCAAUCUUAUUUGUAUCAACAGUGUGCCAAUCUAGUCUUAAAAACUUCACGUUCGUAUAAAACAGGCGUUGAAUUGUGCAGGGUUACAUGUGACUUAUUUAACACAAUGAAAAUAAUAGUAUCAAUGAAAACUGAACCAUUGAUUAUUCUACUUGUCCAUCGACAAAGAAAUAAUAUGGUUUCGAAUUCCUAUGAAAUUAUUAUUCCCUUCAACAAGUCUUCUUCCAUUGAACGUUUUGAUUAUUUAUUUAGAUACAUGUGCCUGAAGAUAUGUGCAUUAUACGUGUAA